AUGCAUCGCCGCAUAUGGUUGCUCGGCUUGCUACUGCUGUGUCUUUGUAUAGCAGUAGCGGCAGACGACACGACAUGCAGUGCGACCAAACGCUGUAAGAAUGGUUGCUGUAACAAAUCAGGAAACUGUGGCUUUGGUCCCGAUUAUUGUGGAACAAACUGUCGAUCGGACUGCGAUCGCAAGUCUGAGUGUAAUCCAGGUUUUGGCUCUAAAUGGGCCGAGGAAGACAAAUGUCCUCUCAAUGUUUGUUGCUCUAAGCACGGAUACUGCGGUACAACGAAGGACUUCUGUGGCUCCAAGAAAGUCAAACGCCCAAGCUGCUCUAAGAGUCGUGGCGUUGAGCGUGUUGUUGGCUACUUCGAGGGAUGGGCACGAACACGUCCCUGCAAUACCUUUUGGCCUGAACAGAUUCCAAUCGGACUGUACACCCAUAUCAACUUCGCAUUUGCUACCAUCAAUCCGAAAACUUUCCUAGUCGAAAUGAAAGACAAGGACAACGAUGGCAACCUCUACGAGCGACUUACCGCAUUGAAGAAGAAGGAUCCGGAUCUCAAGAUCUACCUUGCAAUCGGAGGCUGGGCUUUUAACGAUCCAGGAAAGACUGCUACAACCUUCUCCGAACUGGCAACUUCCCAGGACAGUCAGAGCAAGUUUAUCAAUUCCCUCCAGUCAUUUAUGAGUCAGUACGAUUUCGACGGCCUUGAUCUUGACUGGGAGUAUCCAGUUGAUAAGGACCGAGGAGGACAUUCUGGUGACUACAAAAACUUUCCCAAGUUCAUGGAAAAGUUGAAAAAGACACUUGAUCGUGGAGAUAAAGGACUCACUAUCACCCUUCCUGCAUCAUAUUGGUAUUUGAGAUAUUUCGACAUCAAGAGACUGGAAAAAACUGUCGACUUUUUUAACAUUAUGAGUUACGACUUACACGGUGCCUGGGACCAGAAGGCAAACUGGACCGAACCGUAUCUCAAUGCCCAUACGAACCUUACUGAGAUUGAUCUUGCUCUCGACUUGCUCUGGCGCAAUGACAUUAAUCCCGAUAAUGUCGUUAUGGGUAUGGGCUUUUAUGGUCGCGCCUUUACGGUCCAAACGCUUAGCUGCAGUGAACCUGGCUGCCUAUUCAAAGACGCCGGCAAACCGGGUGAAUGCAGUUCCGAGGCCGGUAUCUUACUGAACUCCGAAAUCGACGACAUCACUAAGAAGCGUGGUCUCAAACCCAAGCUGUACAAAGAGGAAGCCGUCAAAGUCUUGAAAUGGGGCAAUCAGUGGGUUUCAUACGACGAUGAAGAAACGCUCAAGAUGAAGACUGAGUUUGCUCAAUCGCGUUGUCUCGGUGGCGCCAUGGUAUGGGCCAUCAGUCACGAUACCAAAGAUGCCAAGUACAACAAAGCUCUGGCCAAGGUUCUCGGCCGAAAGGUCACAAGCGGUAGCCUUGACGACGACGAAGAAGCAGAAGAGUACAAGAAGGUGCUCUACCCGCAAUGUCGCUGGACCAAUUGCAAGGAGACAUGCCCUAAGGGUUGGGUCACUGUUCCUCGGUCAGACAAACGCGCUCGUAAGGACGAAAUCUUUUUUGAUGAGACGGGCUGCGGCGGCGAUGGCGGUCACACCUUCUGCUGUCCAGCGGAAUACAUGUUGCCAAGGUGCGGAUGGUAUGGUAAAGGCGGCGACAUGUGCGGCAAAAGCAAUGAUCUCUGCCCAAGUGGUAUGGUGGAAGUUGCGACUCUCCAAAUUUACUGCAGCGCCAAGCAGCACUUUCAGGCAGGCUGCUGUACCACCGAUGCCACUUCCAUGAAGGUCUAUCAAACCUGUCAGUGGGGGUCAUAUCCAGAUUGUGACAGCGAUGGCGAAUGUCCAGGCAAGAAUAUGGACAGCCACAAUACAAAGCUCCUGGCAUACUCUGCUUCUGGAUCUGGUGGUGGGAAGUGCAACCAAAAGAAGAACGAGCUUGGCACCAACGUUCCUGGAGUUCAGCUUCAGAAGUACUGCUGCGAUGUUCACGAUGAAGACAUACGAUUCGAAGAUUGCCAGAUCAUGAAGGACGUGGGCCCGUUUCCCGAUAAGCCAGGCCUAUCCCCAUACUACUGUCGCAGUGGUUGCCCUCCAGAUCGGAUCCGUGUUGCCAUGGAUACAGAGGUUGAACCAUGUUCAUACGCCAAGAUUGGUGGCUGGGCGUUUUGCUGCAAGUCUAGCUUUGGCUACAAGAAACGCAACGAGAAUCCCAAGGUUACCGGUAUCAAGGACGUCAUAAGACACUGGGCCAAUGAGCCUACCUGCCCAAACAAACGGAACGACUUAGAUAAGCGUUCGUCCUCACCCGAAGAUAUAUCGGCUAACACGACAACCGACAUAGAGCUCUUUUCCAGAGCCGACGAUGUGAGUAUCGAUAUAGGUGAUAUUCUUGGAGAUAUUCUCAGUCGAACUGGAAGUCCCGAUAUCCUUGAUGCAGCAGAGACUUCGUGGGACAACUUGGUCGAGCCAGUCUUCCCUGAACUGACUAUAAGGAACAUCAAGCGAUAUCUUGGUGUAGGUCCUCGGUGGGAAAACGAAGGACCUCGGGCAUCUGCUAAUCGCAUUGUUUGCAAUCCCCACUCGUCAAGUGCCUGGAUUUUGGUUCUCAAAGAGCGUGCGGAUGGCGGUGGAGGCGGCGAUGAUGGAGGCGGUGGCAGCACCAAGAUCCUCAACUGCACUUCUGCAUGUCUCGGCGGUACCUGUGGUAUUGCCACGGAUGACCUGACAAAAAGACAUCACGCUGUGCCUCGCCAUCAAUCUACACACCGGCAUCACUGGAUACAUGCCCGCCAAGCUCCCCAGCCGAAGCUUGAAGUCGUAAAAUUAAUAGAUCCUAGCGGCGAUGAUUUCAAGCUCGAUGUUCUGGUUCCCGCGAAUCCCUCUGUCAGAGAGUUACCCAGCGACCAUGAUGGCCUUGAAAACACGGCCGAUCUACCCAGCGGGAGGCCGGCCGCAAGUGGUGCCGUCCCUUUAGCAUUCUUUGAAGCCAUACCGACACUAGGGGAGCUGGACCGCUUCCGGAAGUUUUGGGAGCCUAUCGCUGGGAAUCCCAAUUUCGACAAUGCCAACCUCUUCGAUCGUCUUUUCGAGUGCUUGGGUAGCUAUACAAAUGACAGAAACUUCGUUGUUACUGAGAAGCUGCUGAACGUGGUUAAAGGCGCGAUAAUGCAGCACAAGGACCCCAUGGCGUACAUUGACCGCUUGGAAAAGAUGAGGGAUGACCCUAACGCAUGCCUGGCAAUUUUGCGGGCAGCCAUCGCUUCAUUUGACUAUAUGAAUACCAAGACCGGCCCAAAUGUUCAUGGGAAAAUGACGAAUAUCUUGGCUGACAUGUGGAGUCAGUUGGUCACAGCCCAAACCAUGUGGAAGCUCGCGCAUCCAGAUGUCAAAGCCGACAUCGCAGUGUUCUUCAGGGACUGGCUGAUCGACUGGUACGAAAUGGCCGUUGUUCGCGCCAAAGGCUUUUUACUAGCGAGCAUAGCUGAGAUGAGAAAUAUUUGGGAGCACACAGAUGACCCUAGGGCAGAUCUGGUGUUAGAAACGUUGAGCGCACUGGAAGAAAAGAUUCCAUUCCUUCACAUUCUCACAGAUUGGGAUUAUAGAUCUUAG